AUGCGCAAUGCCAGAAAUGAACGGAAUGAAAGAUUGUUUCAAAGAGAGGAGUGGCUCACCAAGACCCAGAUAAUGUUUUUUUUUUUUUUUUUUCACGCCUCGCUUCACGUCAGAGGACUCGCGGUCAGGAUGCUAUAUAAAAGGAAGAGACAUUUGAUAUUACCGCAGAUGAGAAUGACGACAUGGACGCCCUCAUUGGAGAAUCUGGUCGCAACAAUUUGCUUGACGAUAUUCAAAGCAGAAUUGGACUAGAGCAUUCGAUAGUAUAUGACACAUAUGAUCUUUGCGCCUAUCACAAGGAAGGAAAGCUACAGGCCUUCAAUGUUGCAAUGCUCAAGAUUAUUCUUCGGCAUUUUGAAAUACCUUUCCGAGCAAAAGAUAGAAAGACAGACCUU